GACUAAUCUUAGCCGUCCAAAGUAGGGUGAGUUUAUAACCCUAAUUCGUCCCUACUAUUAAACCUCAACUUCCGCAGUAUCUCCCCCCUUCACCUCAUAGCAGCAGUAUCGACAGCAACCAGAUCUUCUUGCCAGCUGCCUGCUCGAUCUGUGAAGAUGUUCACAACUAGGAAGAAGAUCCAAAAGGACAAGGAUGCUGAACCCACUGAGUUUGAGGAGACAGUUGCCCAGGCAUUAUUUGAUUUGGAAAAUACCAACUCAGACCUGAAAAGUGAUCUAAAAGAUCUCUUUAUAAAUUCCGCAGUUCAAAUAGAUGUUGCUGGAAAUCGCAAAGCUAUUGUUAUCUAUGUUCCAUAUAGGCUGAGGAAAGCUUACCGCAAGGUUCAUCUUCGCCUUGUUCGAGAGCUUGAGAAAAAGUUCAGUGGGAAGGAUGUUGUUCUGCUUGCUACCCGAAGGAUUGUGCGGCCACCCAAAAAAGGGUCUGCUGUUCAGCGUCCCCGCUCCCGUACCCUAACUGCCGUGCAUGAAGCCAUGCUUGAGGAUUUAGUGUAUCCUGCUGAGAUUGUUGGAAAGCGCACCAGAUACAGGAUUGAUGGAUCCAAAAUUAGCAAGAUCUUCUUGGAUCCUAAGGAGCGCAACAACACCGAGUAUAAGCUGGAGUCAUAUGCUGGAGUUUACAGGAAGCUUACUGGGAAAGAUGUGGUUUUUGAUUUCCCUGUAACAGAGGCCUGAAGAACACCUGUUGAUGAGUUUUUGUAGUGUUAUUUUAUUCAGCAGUCUUAUAAUUGCAGCAGAUAGGAUGCUAUUAAAUUUUUUGACUCUUGAAUCUGCUGCUUGAAUGUCUUUUUGAAUAGUACAAAACUUUCUUCAAGGUUUCUUUUA